AUGGAAAGCGCGGUACCACCUAGGCCUAAGGUUACGGAGGAGAUGAAAGAAUACAUUCAUCGCAUGGACGAAAACGCUGUACCUCCUCGGCUCAUCUGGAGCGACUUACUGCGCGCACCCGACGUGCCUAAGCCAGUUCUAGGAUACCCGUCCUACACCCACGUUCAGCGCAGUGUGAAGCAUAUACGAUGA